AUGACAGUUCAAGACUUCUACUUUUUAGGCAAUUCUAUAAGGGCCACUUAAGAGACAAUACAAUAUUUAAAAUGUUUGAAUAAAAAAAAAAAUUUGAAAAAUAUUCGUAAAAAAAUUUCCAAAAAAACAGGCGUAAGGUGUCUACGGCAUGUUGGGUACAUUCACGCUACAGUAUAUCAAAAAUUUUUGAAAAAAAUAGUUUUUUUAUUGAAAAUAUCAAAAUUGGAAGUUCGAAACCAUGCGUGAAGAUUCGAGGGAAUGAAAUAAAAAGUUGUUUUUGAAAUGCAGAACUUGAUUUUUUUAAAAAAAUUAAGUGAGGAAUUUACAGAGUAACGUGAAAAGAGCCAUUUCUUCUGAUCUACUUCUUCGGAAUUCUUUUUCUGGUAAGAAUACUUUGAAAAUCUGAAAUUUUUCCAUAAAAUCAAGGACGAAUCAUAAUAUAGUAUAACGAAAUAUGAAACAACGUUAAUUAUUUAUUUUCAAGGCUGGAAAGUCAUGGAUAACCUGAAAAAUGCUGAAAACGGCUCUUUUUUUAUUUUAUUUUUUUCUCGCUUCUUAAUUAUUUCUUUUUCCAGAUAUGGUUCAUAUGUGUUAUUUAAAAGAUUACUUUCAAGGAAAAUUAUAGUUUUAUUCGAAAAAAAGAAGAAAAGUUCAGGAAUGUCGGAAAUUACUUCAAAAUCGACACGUCUCAUGGACUCGGCGGCUUUCGGCCAUUAUAAGGUUCAUUUUCAUCGAAUUAGAUUCUAGAAAAAUCGAAUAAAAUGACAUUUUUCUAGCCCCUGGGCCCUCCGGCGCGUUUUUUCGGCGACGAAGUUGUGGUGGUCCGUCACAGCGAGACGAUCGCCGAGGUUUUCGGCGACUGGGUUCAGCUCUCCAAAAUGGACGACAACUUUUACUUUCCUUUUGACUUGGUUUUGAAACAUGAAUUUUCUGAAUUCUCAAAAAUAAUUUUCAAGAAUGUGCCGGUUCAAAUUCCACGUCGCCCCAAUAUGGUCAAGUCCUAUCAGGCGGAUCCGCCGUUAUCCGAAGUUUUUUUUGUCUAGCUUGUCUGAGCUCUCUUUUCUCUCGACGGGAAUGUCAGAGAACGAUGAAAAGAGCAUGUUAAGAGGAGAGCGUCGUCGAGAGAAAAGAGGGCGCAGAGAAAUGAGAGUUUUACAAUUGCAAAGAAUGACUUGACGCGUCACAAUGCGGUUGUUUUUAGCGCACCCGACCAGAAGCUACUUGCGCAAAGUGGAAUUUUUUAGCAUGAGACUGAAAUCGCUUCUGGUCGGGUGCAGUUAUAAGGCUUCAACUUCCGAAAGCAGCUCACAGCGAAACUUUCAGCCAAUUUGUAACCGCGAGCCAUUCCAAAUGCGACCUUUUUUCCAAGUCUUGAUAACUUCUUUUGCAGAUGGGCAAGAUAACAGCUCAGUUGAUUGCGCGAGAGUUGCGGGAACGAGGCGCGACACCAAACUACGUUUACUGUGCUCCAGACCUGGCUUCUCUGGAAACGGCCUCGGCUAUCCAGAAGUUCUUGGGGUAAGAAGGCCUAGGUUACUGUAGGAAUCGUGUCAGGACCAUUUUCUUGAUCAUUCCGAGCUUGAAACUGUCUGACUUCUCUGGGCCCUCUUGCUCUCUUGCUUACUCGCUUUUUUUAUGCCUGGAGGGAAAAGAGAGCGCAGAGAAGUCAGAGAAAAAAAAAAGUUUCAUGUUGAUUCUAAAGAGGCCUAGGUUACUGUAGGAAUCGUGUCAGGACCAUUUCCUCGAUCAUUCCGAGCUUGAAACUGCCUGACUUCUCUGGACCCUCUUGCUCUCUUGCUAUUUUUAUGCCUGGAGGGAAAAGAGAGCGCAGAGAAGUCAGAGAAAAAUGUUUCAGAAGCCGUUGCGGAAAAUUGCGCGUCGAGCCGGAACUCUCCACUCUUCAUGGCUCGUCUCACGUCUUCUUCGACAAAAAUUCUCUUUCUGAACUUGGAUAUCAACUGGAUCCAACCUAUGAACCACUUCGGAAAAUCGUAAGAUUUUAAAAACUGUUUGAAAAGAAAUUUGAUUUUCCAGAACGCUCCUCUUUCCGCAACGCAGGUGGUUUCGAAUAUCCGACGGGCUUUUUUCGAAGUCACCAACACGGAAAAGCUCGGUCUCUGAUUUUUUUAUUUAUUAGAAAUUUAUCGAUUUUUCAGUGUUGAUCGUGACCGAUUCGCUCGCCACAAGAAUCAUAUCUUCGGUCGUGGAGGGGUCAAACUACAUGAUCAGUGGGAGUCUUGAGGUUGAGAGCAAAAAAAAAGAAACCUCAAAAAUUUGGGAGGGGGGGGUUUGAAAUUUCAGCUUUAAAGGCUGAGGUUCAAUUUCAGCCUACAAGGCUCAUUUUUUUUUUUUCAAAAUUGCUUCAAGACCAUUUUCCUGUACAUUUCUUGUCACGCUUGAGAAAGUGAUAGAAUAUUGACUUUUUUUUUUACUUCUCUGCGCUCUCUUCUUCACGCGUUGUCUCUCUGUUUCUCCGACCUAACCUGUGAGAGAGAAGAGAGGGCAGACAAUCAGACGGUUUCAAGUAAUGAAUUAUUGACUUCUUACUUCUCUGCGCUCUCUUCUUUACGCGCUAUCUCUCAAUUUAUCCGCCUCGCCGGUGAGGGAGAAGAGAGCGCAGACGGUCAGACGGUUUCAAGCGAUGUUUUACCGAUUUUUCUUCCUUUUCUCAGCUUUCACACUGUUGAAUCAAUAAAAUCGAUAUUUUCAGAAUCAACGAGAAGCCGCAACGGCCAUGUUCCCGCCACUGAGUAGUCUCGUCGCCUUCAAGGAAAAUGGACCCGGCCGGGUAUUUUUUUUUCUCUGUACUGGCAAGCUAAAAGAUCUAACGAACUAUAGUGGAUGUCAAAAGUCGCUUGAGGUCGGGCGCAGCUUUUGAGGACGUAACGGAGCUUAAAACUUGGUUUCACUCCAAAUUUUUUGAGCCAUUUAUGAGAUUUUUCCAUGUAGUCCUCUUAACUAUACCGCAUUCAUCAUAUCUUAUAAAAAAUAUGACUUCUCUGCGCUCUCUUCUCUCUCAGCGAGGCUAUCGCGAUCAAAUUGACCUCGUAGGUGAGGGAAAAGAGGGCGCAGACAGGUCAGACUGUCUCAAGUCGUGGUGAAUGAACUAUGAAUCCCUCUGGUGAAGGAAAAAAGGGCGCAGACACGUCAGACAGUUUCAAGUCGUGGUGAAUGGACUAUGAGCCAAGAUAAUUUUUUUCAGCGCACUUUCGAAGAAUCUGAUGUCCUCCUGAGACCUCUGACCUCCAUUGGCGGAUCCAACGACAUUGUCAUCCCGGAAUCUACGCUCUAUGCAAAAUGA